AUGAAAAAUAAUCGGAGGAGAAGGAGUGAUCAACCUACACAUCAUCUUGUGACUGCCACCUAUCUGGAUCCAAAGAAAUAUUCAACAUUUAUUAAUAUUUGGAUUUAUUUAGGAUUGUUAUAUGGUGUACAAUAUUUACAAUAUUUAUAUUUAAAUUCAAAAAGUAAAAAAUGGAAAUUAAAAUUACAGCAUUGGAGUGAUUUGGUCAACAAGUACAAAAAAGGAGAAUUACAACGAUAUCAAUAUUCAUCAUUUAAAUAUGAUUUAUUACCACAAUCUGUAUAUAAUUCAUUAAUGAUCUUUUCAAAGGCUUAUUUAGAUGGAAGAAUUUCUGAAGAUUCUGAAAAUUCAUCAUUGAAAUUACCUCCAAAUGUAUUAUUGGGAGCAUCUUUUAUCAAUUCUUUAGAAAAUGUGAUAUUUGAAAAGAGUUCAACCACUCGUAGGAGUUCUAUUCAUCAUCAUCAUCCAUCGAUAGAUAGGAAUGACCAAUUUCAUCAAGUGAUAUCCACCAUUACACCAUUCGUAUUAUCAAUGGAUGAACAUCAAGACAAUGAUUUGUCUCAUAAUGAAGAGAAGGAAAUGAAUUCGAGUGCUCAUCAUGACAAUGACUCGAUCCCUAGUAACCCUCCUCCUACCUUUACUACUACUACUACCAUCAACCCUAUCACCACCACCACCAAUACUACUACUACUACUACUACUACCAUUACUACUACUACUAAUACCAUCACCACAAACAUUAUGAAUACCAAUACCACCCACAACACUACUCCUGCCAAUAUCAACACCACCAACACCACCACUGCAUCUUCAAUUCAUUCCUUUGAAGAAAUGGCUCAACGUGCAACUCAAUCAAUCAUGGACAAGUACGAACAAUUACUCCUUCUUGAACAACAAGAGGAUGAUUCUUAUCAAAAUUAUUAUGCUCAUCAAUUACCACCAUGGAAAUCGAGAUUUAUUGCAUCACGGAUUGAUGAAUUUCCAUCGACAAGAGAAGAAUUAGAACACGAAUUGAAAACUCUAAAAAUAGGUAUGGAAGAAAAAGAACUAGAAGGAGAGCAAUCCAACGAAUUUGCAAAAUAUUUAUUUGAGGAAUUUUUAGAUGAAAUGGAUCCAUGGAUCAAUUAUGAAUUGCAGUCCAUCGCAACACCUCCUCCUACCCAAAACAAGAAGCAAUUAACAACUCGUACUACCUUAAAUCCAUUGAGAAUUCAUUACAUUUUAAAUGACAUUGAAAACGAUCGAAAGAGAAUCAUUCGACAGGCCAUUGAAUCUUUCAGAUAA